GCUCGGUUCUCAGCCCGACUUCCUCAAAUCUUUAUUUCAGGCUCGACCGCGAACUCGGGGCGAACUGGUCGAAGCGCGCGCGACCGCCCCGGUUUUUUAACCGUCCUCACGGCAAGCUCACCGCAAGCGGCUACCGCCGCCGCCGUUGUGUCGUGCAUCAUCGUAUAUACGCGCGACGUAUGUGCGCCAGGGCAGCACCCGCCGUCGCGGAGAGACGACGCGUGUCUAAAUUUGAAUACGCUCUGGCAGCGUAGAGGAGAAGCAGUGCCGUCCGCGCGUGUUACACCGUCGGAGUCUCCGUCUUCGCAUCUCUUGUUCGCCACCGUCAUCAUCAUCGUCGUCGUUGUUGUUGUUGCCACGCGUGAAAAGUAUAUUUCGAGAAAGACGCUCGCGCGCUCCUGCUGUGUGCAUCUCUAGUCAACUUAUCUAGUCCCCGCGAUAUACACACGUCGCGGAUAAAUAAAAGCUAACUAACCUAUCUAACCGCGCGCGCCACGAACGGAGCGAGUGCGAUCACGCACGCGUGUGCGCCAAAUACGCACGACGACCUAAGAAUAAUUCACGAUUCACGCCGCGACGACCGUUAUUAAACCUGUACGUCUCUAUAAAUAAUCGUGCGCCCUUUUCGCGAAUGUGAUUAACGGCGGAAGCGUGAAGAAAGAGAGAAAGAUACGAGGGACUCGAUUCCAAGAAAGUUAGCGCGAUCAAUCGCGAUAGAUCCUUUUUCAUUUUUCAUCGUUAUACAAGCCGGAGAAUCGUCGACUGGCAAUUACUAGUCGCCGACGGAUCGUCGCGUACAACGCAAGCAUAUAAACGCGCGAAGAGGAGGAAGAAGAAGAGGGUCCGGCUCCGAGAGAGUGUGCCAAAGAGAAAAAACGCCGAUAAAGAGACACGCAAGACACGACGACGGGAGAAAGAUCCUGUUCUUAAGAUUCCAUCCAGUGAUUUUGAAGACUUGCCUCUUAUCCAAGACGUGGUGCCACAAUGGGUCGAAAAAAGAUUCAGAUUUCACGUAUCACGGACGAACGAAAUCGUCAGGUGACCUUUAACAAGAGGAAAUUCGGCGUGAUGAAGAAAGCGUACGAAUUGUCGGUACUGUGCGAUUGCGAGAUUGCGCUGAUUAUCUUCAGUUCGAGCAACAAGCUGUACCAGUAUGCGAGCACCGACAUGGACAAGGUUCUCCUCAAGUACACCGAGUACAACGAACCCCACGAGUCCCUCACCAACAAGAAUAUCAUCGAGGCGCUCAACAAGAAGGAGCAUAAGGGUGCCAUGUCUCCGGAGAGCCCGGAACCUGACGCAAUCGAAUACAAUCUUACCCCGCGCACCGAGGCCAAAUACACGAAGAUCGACGAAGAAUUUCAGAUGAUGAUGCAGAGGCACCAACACAAUGGCAGCAGGACAAUUGGACAAUCGAGUUACACGCUACCAGUAUCUGUACCAGUGAACAAUUACGGCGAAUCUCUCCUUGGAUCUAGUCCACAGAUGGCACAUACCAGCAUCUCUCCACGUCCGUCAUCGUCCGAGACAGAUUCAGUGUAUCCUCCGGGAGGAAUACUGGAGAUGAGCAACGGCUAUCCUCCGUCAGCGUCACCAUUGGGUAAUUCGCCUAGUCCAGGACAUUCGCCUGCGCUUGGGGUCGGUGGAGGUAGCGGAAAUAAAGGCAGCAAUCAGUCUAGGCAUUCGCCGCAGCCCCCGCCACCGCCACCACCGCCCCAUCCUCACAGGGCUAACCUUCGAGUGGUUAUACCGACACCGCUCACACAACCUCUCUCUGAAGACACUAAUUACGAUAAUGCCCAUACGCAGUCUGCAUUGAACACACCGGUAGUAGCGUUACAAACACCAACAGUACCACCCGGAUACUCUAGUUUUGGACCAACAGAUUACUCCUCGGAUCUCGGGAGCCUUGCAACCUGGUCUCAUCAGAGGUACGUUGAUGACUUAUCAAUGUAUUCGGCAGCCACCAUGUCCAGCAUCAGUGGUCUUCCUCAUCUAGCCGUAUCAAGCAGUACACCACCACCAUCCACAUCGCCUUUACCCGUAAAAAUAAAAAGUGAACCGAUAAGUCCACCCAGAGAUCCGCACGGAGGUAAUAGCGGAUCCAAUGGCGGACCUAGCAAUGCCAGCAGUCUACAUCAUACGAGCUUGAACAUCGGUCCUUCGUCCAGUACCGGUCCACCGCCGCAUCACGUAUCUCAUCCGGGAGGCCCUCAGACACUGAACCUAGUAUCAAGCAGACCGAGUAGUAAUCCACCUCCGUCCCAUUCGGGUAGCAUAACGCCGACAAAUCUACCGUCCCCGGGUAGUGGUACGGUUGGUGACAUUAGAACGAACCAUUCUAGCGGUGGCGGCGGAAACGGAGGAAAUAGUUCAGACUACGAGAACGGACCGCUCAUGAAACGCUCGAGAAUCACGGAGGGUUGGGCGACUUAAUGUCGAUCGAAUUGUUGCACUCAUCAGUUGUUUGAUACCUCUUCGACGUAUAACAGCAUAUAUAGUGCUUGUGAGUUCCAGUAUAAUUAAAAACAAACUCCUUUUAAAACGUCUUUGAGACACGUGUACUAUCGCGAUAACGAUAGCUGUGGGGUUGGUAUGUUUCCCCGCCGUAGCUAGCGCGGAGUGGAAAAAUCUGUUUAUAUUUUGAAGCCGACACACACAAAAUAUACAUUUAUUUGAAGAAAAAAAAAAAAAAGAAAAUACG